GUCAAAUUCGUUGUCAUUGUAAUAGUCGUAAUUAAACUUGAUAUUAUUUAAUAAAUUCGUUAAAAGUUGUGAUUAUUAUAUGUGAAUAUUAGGUUUUUUUAUCAUAAAAGUAUCAUAUAAUGCAAAAUAUUGGCUUUGUCGAUGGAAUCAACAAAGAAAUCUAUUGAAAUGGAUAUUGCGUCCAAUAGUCAAAACAUGCAUUCUGAAUCUCAAAAAGCGGGGGAAAAUAGCGAUAAGAGUAAAAACAAACCCUCACCGGAAUCUCAGGGAAACUGUUACUGUGGUAAAGAUCGUAACCUUAAUAUUGUUGAGUUGUUAUGUGCGUCGUGCAACAGAUGGUAUCAUGAAUCUUGCAUUGGAUAUCAGUUAGGCAAAUUAGUGCCUUUUAUGACGAAUUAUCUCUUCAUUUGCAAAAACUGUUCACCAACUGGCUUGGAAACAUUUAAAAAGAAUCAAGCUCCAUUUCCGCAAAUGUGUCUCACUGCAAUAGCAAAUCUUAGACAGGAGAGCUGUAAAGACGGCAGUAACAAAAAUAUGUUCAGUAAAGACAGAGAGAUCAUUCCUUACAUUGAUCAGUACUGGGAAGCUAUGACUACAAUGCCACGAAGGGUGACUCAGUCCUGGUAUGCCACAGUGCAGCGAGCUCUCGUCAAAGACAUACAAGUUCUCUUCACUUAUGAGGAGGACUCAAACCUUGGGCCAAUGUUUGGCCUAUUCAAUAUAGAAUUGACGAGCAUUAAGCCUAACUAUGAGGCUAUGAUCAAGCAAGGGCAGCUGAAGGUUACUGAUAUGGGAGUUGCAACUGUUCCUCUAGGUGGCAAUGUAAAGGGGCGUCAGGGUAAGCGUCGCCCGGCUGUGGGCCUCGAAGCGAGCGCUCCAGUCGGCAAGAAAGGUCGGUCGGCUGACUUGAGCGCGUUGAAGCUACCCUCACACGGUUAUCCCACCGAGCAUCCAUUCAACAAGGAUGGCUAUCGGUAUAUACUUGCCGAGCCAGAUCCCCAUGCGCCGUUUAGGCAGGAGUUCGAUGAGAGCAACGAAUGGAGUGGGAAACCGAUCCCAGGCUGGCUCUACCGGUCCCUGUGUCCCGGUAUUGUGCUGCUGGCGCUACACGAUCGCGCGCCGCAACUGAAGAUCGCCGAGGACAGGCUCGCGGUCACUGGCGAGAAGGGGUACUGCAUGGUCCGAGCGACCCAUGGCGUGUCUCGCGGCGCGUGGUACUGGGAGGCGGCGGUGGAGGAGAUGCCGGAGGGCGCGGCCACGCGGCUGGGCUGGGGCCGCCGGUACGCCAACCUGCAGGCGCCGCUCGGCUACGACAAGUUCGGCUACUCGUGGCGCAGCCGCAAGGGCACCCGAUUCCACGAGUCUCGCGGGAAGCACUACAGCCCCGGAUACGGCGAGGGUGACACGCUCGGCUUCCUGAUCAUAAUGCCGGACAGCGCCGCCACCAAGUACACUCCGAAUACGUAUAAAGAUAGGCCUCUAGUCAAAUUCAAGAGUCACCUCUACUAUGAAGAUAAGGACAACAUACAGGAAUCUCUCAACAAUUUGAAGUCUCUCCCGGGCAGUCGGAUAUAUUAUUUCAAGAACGGCGAAUGUCAGGGCGAAGCGUUCGCGGACAUUUACCAGGGUUGCUACUACCCCACCGUGUCGCUGCACAAGAAUGUGACGGUCAGCGUCAAUUUCGGACCCAAUUUUAAAUUCCCGCCUUCAACGGAUUGCAAUUAUAGACCGAUGUCGGAAAAGGCUGAAGAGGCAAUAUGUGAGCAGACAAUGGCUGAUCUGUUGUUCUUGACGGAAAACGAGGGGAAGUUACGCCUGGACACGUUCAACCUCUGAUACAACUAACACCGUUUAUCGGUGUUGUAUCUAUAUCGGAUGUGGGGGUACGCCCUCAGAGCGCGGUUCGCGGCCACAGUGACCUGAUGCCGCUUCGCAGCUACUGCAUGAGUUCCAUGUAAUUGAAAAAUUAUAAAAAUUGCGAAUCAUUCUGUAUGUUGUUAUGUCAUUCGUAAAAAUAUGACAAUCUAUAAAUAUUAAGACUUAUGUCGUUUUUUUAUCACAUUGAUAAGCAAUUAAACUACUGUAUCUAUUUUUGGAUAAUUUUUUAAACUCAUUUUUAAUAGGCGAUUUUAUGCUCCGACGUCCUUAGCGUAGUGGCGUAAUGGAGUAUCGAAAUUUUAUCGAUGCAUUUAUUAUAAUUCCUGUUCCUACUAUCAAUUUCUUAAAGUUGUAAAUUAUUUCCUGUAAUUUUCAUUUCCAUUUAAAUCCGUUGAUUUUCAUAAAAAAAACAAUUCAAAUAUUAUCUAUACAAAUAAAUAGAAUUGAAGUGUUAUUUUAAAAUAACGGCCUCUUUUUAACUUUUAAUAGCCGUGGUAUUUCCAAAUUGGCUGAAUUAUUAUAAGAAGUAAUUUAACCGCAUUUAAACAACUGUAAAAAAAAAACUUACAUUCGAUUUUUGUAUCCAUUAUAAAAAAAUAAAAUAAUGAUUAUUUAAUAUCCAAAAUGUAUACAAAACAUGUUAUCCAUACUAUGAAUAUUUCGUAGCACAAACUAAUGCCACGCCACGAGCCAGGUCACGUGCAAUCCAGCUUGUACUUAUUAUAAUUGUAUAUAUAUUUAAUGUCCAAAUAAAACUGGUAUUUGAAAUUACUAUUAGGAAUUAGGAAAAAAAAAGUUUUAUAUAAAAAUUCUAAUCUAUAAAUUUCUGUAAUUUUCAUCUUAUGUCAUUGGCAUAAUAAUAUAAUUUAUAAGUCAAGUCAAAAGUAAAAACAGCCUCGCUACUCGGUUCUAGUGGGUAAAAAUCCCAAAUAACUCAGUACCCCCCCUUUUGGGGCACGGUUUUUAAAAGUUUUAUGCUGCGUGAAAAAAAGAGCUAUCGUAUAAGACUUCAAAAGCGACUUGCCAAUAAAAGUUAUUGUAAUAUUUCUUUCUAGAAAUUGUCAGUAACAGUUUUGUUUGGAAGUUGUUAGUCUGAUAUAUCUCUUAUAUUAUCAUAUCUGAUAAGACAUUAUAAAGUAAAGGAAUUAAAAGUGCAUCUGUGUUUCUACAUAUGUAUAUACAUACUUAUACAUAUGUAUAUACUUAUACUGUAAUAUCCUGUCUUGAUAAAUAUUCCUGUGAUCGAAAUUUGGUCAAAAGUAUGGAUCAUUGUAUAGUUGUAUUUGUAGGAACAUGAUAUAAUAUUUUUUAUGAUAUAAAACUAGAAAGUAAAUAAAAUAUAUGAAUAAAGUAUUUAAAUAUAAAAUACAAGUUGAUUGUACCAAACAUAUAUGUUGAAGGAUUGCAUUAAUUUUCAAAACUGAAUCUCUACUGGUUGUUCUGUUGCUAGCGGAGUUAAUGUUGGCUGAAUAGGCUCUAUCAAUUUAAGUAGGCAAUAGUCACGUUUUUGACUGCCUCGUUGGUCUAGUGGCUUGAUAUAAGGCCGCAGACCCGGAGGUCCUGGGUUCAAUUCCCAGGUCGGGCCAAUAAAAAGUUAUUGGGUUAUUCUGUCAGAAAAAUUCUCAGUAGCAGCCCGGAGUCUGGAAGUUGGAAGUGUGAACACUCCCGUGCCUCGGAAAGCACGUAAAGCUGUUGGUCCUGCGCCUGAACUCUUUCCGGUCGUGUCGGAUUGCCGUCUUAUCGGAUUAUGAGAGUUAGGGAAUAGAGAGUGCACCUGUGUCUGCGCACACACUUGUGCACUAUAAUAUCUCCUGCGUAGUUCGCUAAUCUCUCUUGAGAUUGGCCGACGUGGCCGAAAUCGGUCUGGAGGACAUUAUUAUUAUUAUUAGUCACGUUUAUAGAAAACUAUUAAUAUUGGAUCAAUGUGAUUCAUUACUUAAACUAUGCAUCUCUGUAAUAAUCUAAAGAUUUUUUAUAUGAGGCACCUGGAUAUCAAAAACCAUCGCUGAUUGUAUACAUUAAUUAUAAUUGUAAGUACUUGUAUGAGAAGUGUUCUAGAAAAAUAUUGAUCAUAGUAUUUGCCGAAAGUAACAUGUGUUUUACCUCCAAUUUUAAGGAAUCGGAUAAAAAAACUAUGUUCAAAGUUAAUAUAAAGAUAUUGCAGAAACUUGUAAAAAUAACAUAUUUUUGUAUAAGUCAAUUAAGAAUUGAUUAAAGUUGAACUUUUGUUGGUGUAGAAGCCAACUGUUAUGAGAUAUUCUGCAAUAAUUUAUCUAAAUGUUUAGAAAGUCUAUAUGGCUUGUGCUUUUGUAAUCAAGUUUUAAAAGUAUUAUCAUAGAAAUUAAUUUUAAAUUUAUUAUAUAAUCGAAUUGUAUAAAUAAAUGGUGGUAAAAGUGAACUUGUAAAAAAACUGGGUUGACCAUAAAUUAAAAUAGUGAAUAUACUGCAACUGUAUUACAAUAAAUUUGUUUAUAUAUUAAAAGUAAUACUUUGAAAAUGUUUGUACACACAGCCAGUUUUCGCUUUCUAAUAUAUUAACUGGUCUGUUGUCUAACCAUCCUCGUGAAGCUACUGCAAAUCUAAUACUUCUGACUUUCAACGUGUGAUAUGCUAUGAUUAUGAAUAAAAGAGUAUUUCUUGGAUUGUAAGAUAUUUGAAUCUUUUUAAAUAUAAUUAAAUAUUUACAAAUGGUA